AUGGCUCAUGGCAACCCUGUGCCUAAGUUCUACAAAUCAGUUAUUGGCGACGUGAUUGAUGGCGUCCGAGAUGUCUUUGCAGAAGAAGGUGUAGAUGAACGGGUCUUGAAAGAGCUGAAGCGGCGCUGGGAAACCAAAGUGAUGCAGUCCAAAGCGACAGAAGGCUUCUUCAGACGCAGCCAUCUUUCACCCCAGUUCACGCUGCAUCUGCCUCAAAACGUCCCUCAACCCCUACAAACAAGUACAUUUAAUGAUAUUUGUUUAGGUGUGGCUGCUGGCAGAGGUAUUCGACAGCCUAGUACAACCACCACAGCGGAACUGGCCUCUUCCAGGGCUGGCGGUGCAAUCUUGUCUCUUCCUUCAGGACUUGCUUAUCCUAUCCAAAUCCCUGCUGGAGUGACUCUGCAGACAGCAUCAGGGCAGUUGUAUAAAGUCAACAUGCCUGUGGUGGUCACCCAGGCCCCAGGAGGUGGGACUGUCCUCCAGAAUCCUGUUCAGCAAAUACUUCAGCAGCUUGGGCAGCAGCCCUCGCAACCACAGACCACUGCUGCCAGUGCCACCCAGGUGAACAGCUUAUCAGUUCAAGUGUCUGGGAACGAAAGUCUGCAGGUUCAGAAGAAGCCCUUUGCUCCCCAGCAAAUGGGGCCAGAAGAGAAAACCUUGCCCAGUGCUGCUGUUUUGCAGGACACUACUGAGCAACGAGAAGAAGUCAUGGGCAGCGGGAUGAGCCAGGAGCCUUCUAGCUUGUUGGAGAGUCCCCAGAAUGCUGAUAUCCAAGCAGCUGUCCAUGUUUCGAAGUCAUCAGAAGCAGACUGUGCCAGAGUGGCUGCAGAGAUGGCACCCAGCGGCUUUUCCAAGGAGAGAGAAUUGCCUAUGAAUCCAGACCAUCCGCUGGAUGCUGAUGAUAUAAUUGAGCUGAUAAUUAUGGGCAAUGAAUUGGAUGACAGUGUCCUCCUGCGAGAUGAAGCCACCCUCUCUUUUGCUGAAGAGCUUGAUAGCAGCAUGCAGUUGGAGUCCAGUCUGAGGACUCAAAAGGAUAUCACCAGUGACCUUGAGGAGAUCAUUCAGUUGGAUGGAACAAGCGAUGUCUCUCCCAAGGCAGAAAUAGAAAGCCCCAGAGAUGGGGAAGAUGAAGAGAUCGUUGGCAUUGUGGAUGCAGAAGAGCUGAAAGUUCUGGAUGAGGAAGAGGAGGAAGAAGUUGAAAACAGUACCUCGGACAAUCCAUCCCUUAGCAGCACGAGUGACACUGAUGAACGGUCUGUGGACAUCAUUGAGGAGGACCCUUUAAAUUCUGGAGAUGAUGUCAGUGAGCAAGAGACGCCAGAUGUGUUUGAUACUGAUAAUAUAAUUGUAUGCCAGUAUGACAAGGUUCAGCGCAGUAAGAACAGAUGGAAGUUCUACCUGAAAGACGGAGUCAUGUGCUUCGGGGGAAAGGACUAUGUCUUUUCAAAAGCCAUUGGAGAUGCAGAAUGGUGA